ACCAUGCCGUCCCAGGCUCAGGGAUAAAAACCAUCGGGCCCAAGUGCCAUCCAUAUUCCAUCUCCACUCUUUCCUACACAAAUUGGGACUCAUCCCUGCUGAAAAGCACAAUCUCAGAGCAAGGGAACAAAAAACCAUGCUUUCACAUAAUACCAUGGUGAAGCAGAGAAAACAGCAAGCAUCAGCCAUCAUGAAGGAAAUCCAUGGAAAUGAUGUAGAUGGCAUGCACCUGGGCAAAAAAGUCAGCAUCCCCAGAGACAUCAUGUUGGAAGAAUUAUCCCAUCUCAGUAACCGUGGCGCCAGACUAUUUAAGAUGCGACAAAGAAGAUCUGAUAAAUACACAUUUGAAAAUUUCCAGUAUGAAUCUAAAGCACAAAUAAAUCACAACAUUGCCAUGCAGAAUGGAAAGUUGGAUGGAAGCAACUUGGAAGGUGGCUCACAACAGGCUCCAUUUACCCCUCCCAACACCCCAGAUCCACGAAGUCCCCCAAAUCCAGAAAAUAUUGCACCAGGAUAUUCUGGACCACUGAAGGAAAUUCCUCCUGAGAAGUUCAACACCACGGCUGUCCCGAAGUACUAUCAGUCGCCCUGGGAACAGGCCAUUAGCGGUGAUCCAGAGCUUUUAGAGGCUUUAUACCCUAAAUUUUUCAAGCCUGAAGGAAAGGUAGAACUGCCUGAUUACAGGAGCUUUAACAGAGUUGCCACCCCAUUUGGAGGUUUUGAAAAAGCAUCAAAAAUGGUUAAAUUCAAGGUUCCAGAUUUUGAGCUACUACUUCUAACAGAUCCCAGAUUUAUGGCUUUUGCCAAUCCUCUUUCUGGCAGACGGUCCUUUAAUAGGACUCCAAAGGGAUGGAUAUCUGAGAAUGUUCCUAUAGUGAUAACAACUGAGCCUACAGAGGACACCACUGUACCAGAAACAGAAGACCUAUGA